AUUCGAUUUUCUUUCCCAGUAUGACUUUCUAUUAUGUUGGUCUUUGGUAAUAUCCCUUUAAAAGGUUCCCAUCUGACGUCAUCGUCCAGGAAGUGACACCUUUCUGAUGGGAAAUCUGCACAAACAACAGCAAGUAUUUGAUGAAAUUAAAGAAAUCGAUGUGAAAAUGUUUUUGUUUAAAUGUGUAAAGAUUAAAGUUGAUCAAAGUUAAAUGUUUUUAAAGUUAAACGUAACCGCUUGACAAGAACGACACAUUCAACCAUUUAAACCAUUUUUACUACUGUUAUUGUGUGUGUGUUUUUGUUGUGUGAUGUCAGUGUUAUUGUGUGUGUUUGUUGUGUGAUGUCAGUGUUAUUGUGUGUGUUUGUUGUGUGAUGUCAGUGUUAUUGUGUGUGUGUUUGUUGUGUGAUGUCAGUGUUAUUGUGUGUGAUGUCAGUGUUUGUGUGUGUGUGCGUGUUUGUUGUGUGGUGUGGCUGUUGUCGUGUGUUCAGGUUUGCUCUGAUAUGGCAACACAAUGGUGAGUGCAGAGUCAGCGCUGAAGCUCAUUGGUGUGAAUGGAACAUGCAGCACUCACACAAUCAACUCAAGCCUACAGCCAAGUCUCAUUGUUUCUCGUCUCGUUCUCAUCAUGGGCUCAGGGAGCAGGAUUAAGUUUGCUGUCUGUGAGCUUCUGCAGUUCGCAGGUUUUUGCGUUCCACACUUUAUCGUAAUGCAGCGUUUCGCUGUCAUCUUAGCUCGAGCAAUGAGCCAAUCGCAGGCCUCUGCCGGGAAUGCAACGACAGCUUAUUGGCUGGUCGUGGCAUCGUCCGUGGCCUACGUGACAUCAAUGGCCAUGCUGAUCUGGCUGCCUAUGAAGUACAUGGUCUUUAUGAAGAAGAAAGCACUGGUGGGCCGGGAGAAGUGGAGACCUGUUGCUUUGGCUUAUGUGCUUCUCUCGACGCUGCCCUAUUUCGCUUUCCUCAUCGCCAGUUCUGAGGUACAGAUUAGAAAUGAUCUGAGGUUAGACACAUUUGCCGAAUUGCCCGUGUCACUGGUUCUUUUCUCUCUGAUUUGCAUCGAUAUAGUGGAACGAAUCCGUCAUUGCAGACUUACUGGUCAAGCUAAUGAACUGGCACGUGAUCCGGACAUUGCCUCUCCAGUGGUGACACAUGUUGGUCGAGUUUCUUCUAUAGUCUCUCCUGCGAGCGGGCCAUCACCUGCAGCUAACAUUGGUGCAGAUCACGCAGCGCAGACGGCGAACGGGAUCGUGCGAGGGUUGUCUGCCAGCGCGACCAUUACGGGCUUAUCGGGCAGCGGGACGGCCCCGGGUCACGCCGCCAACGCACCGGUUCCAUUGCUGCCCAAUAACGGAGCAGUUUCAGGCCUGCCAUUUGCAGGGGUCCAUGGCAACACAACAAUUCCAGGGUUGCCCGACAACGGUGCAUUUCCAAGACCGAUACCAGGCAACCACAGGCAGACAUGUGGCAUUCCGGGAGUUUAUCCACAAUCCGCCAUACCCUUUGCAAACUUUCCAGCCGCCCCUCCGUACUCAGGACCGCUCAGAUUCCUGCUAGCCAGUGACGUCCGCGCCGACGUGUUCGCCAACAGCUUUUUGUUCUGGUUGGAUACGGUGGAGAUGGUUCGGGUAACGGGUCACACCCCUGUGUAUUUUUCCGGCUGGGCUUUACCGGUUUACCUCUUUUGUUUCCUAUCCUCGAUGCGAUUGGUUUUAACACCUCACAGUCCCCUCCUGUCACCUCUGGGUGUGGUUCUUCAAGAUCUUCCCUUUCUUGUCUUGAGAACGGCAUUGAUCGCUUUGUUCGGUUUUGUUACGCCGCUGCUGUACGUGAUGAAGAAUCUGCUGGUCUGCCUGGCCUACAUCUACUUCAACUUCAUGACAAAACUGAAAGUGUUCAACACGGAGAGAAUGUUCUGAUGGAGAUGCUUGGAGAAAUAACAGAAGCACAUUUAUGACUUAGAAAACGGACUAAAUAUAAAGUAUUGCAAUUUGACAGGAUCGUGGGGCUGUUUCUGGCAUCUUGUUCUCUGAAUGUAAUGAAUGUUCUGCCAAACACUUAUUUUAUAACCCGAAAGAGUGAUUUAUUUUCUUACUGGUUGGUUUGGAUCUACAUAGCACAGAGAUUUUUAAGAAUGUUCUUCUCUUUGUGACAAACAGAGUCGAAUAAAAAUGGGAAAUUAGAAAGUCAUGUCUUGGAAAUCCAUCCAAAGUUUUUUUUCACUUUAUCUUUCAUGUAUGUGAUUUUAUGCGCAUGAUUGAAUUCUGACAGGAAACAGGAUGUCCAUGUGACAAUUAAAGAAGCUUGAACCUCUUAUUUCCUUCUUGCCGAGCUUCAUCUUCUCCAGAACUGCAUCGUGUCUGGAAUCUCACCAAAUCAGCAUUUUCACCCCUGUUGAAAGUAAGACACAA